ACACCCAGGGUCCAUCGACACAAUCAAUGUUCCUACAACCCCUGAGCCCUGCACCCCCAGACACCCAGGGUCCAUCGACACAAUCAAUGCUCCUUCAACCCCUGAGCCCUGCACCCCCAGACACCCAGGGACCAUCGACACAAUCAAUGCUCCUUCAACCCCUGAGCCCUGCACCCCCAGACACCCAGGGACCAUCGACACAAUCAAUGCUCCUUCAACCCCUGAGCCCUGCACCCCCAGACACCCAGGGACCAUCGACACAAUCAAUGCUCCUUCAACCCCUGAGCCCUGCACCCCCAGACACCCAGGGACCAUCGACACAAUCAAUGCUCCUUCAACCCCUGAGCCCUGCACCCCCAGACACCCAGGACACCCAGGGACCAUCGACACAAUCAAUGCUCCUACAACCCCUGAGCCCUGCACCCCCAGACACCCAGGGACCAUCGACACAAUCAAUGCUCCUUCAACCCCUGAGCCCUGCACCCCCAGGGUCCAUCGACACAAUCAAUGUUCCUACAACCCCUGA